AUGCCAUAUUUACGCAUAUUUGAUAUAAAUCAUCGAAAUUGUAUGGAAAAUAAUAAUUUAACAUAUCAUGAUAUAAUAAAUCAAUUUAAUUCGUCAUUUUGGAUUAAAAAAAAUUGACGAAACGAUUAUGAUUUUUAUUGGGAAAUAGAUGAAUAUAAUUGUUCACAUUUUCAAGAAAUCAAUUUAAAUUCAGUUCAACAUCUUUCGAUUUAUAGUAAACAAAUAAUAAAUAUUUAUUUAAAUUAUUUUCCAAAUGUUACUCAUUUAACUAUUAAUCAUUAUUUUCAAACAUCGGAUAAGUCGAUUAUAACAACUUUGAAUCGUAUGAUUCCUUUAGCACAACUUAAGAAAUUAACUAUUGAAUCUUAUAAUUUUCCAUUUGAAGAAAUUAUUGAAUUAUUACAUCUUCAACAAUGUUGUUCAUUGAAUGAAAUUCAAUUGAUUGUUAAUUUAUUUCCACAAUUAGAUUAUCUUAAAACUCGUAUGAAUCGAAAAGAAAUUCGACAAAUAACGAAAUAUUUAUUAUCAAAAACUAAUGAUAAAACACAACAUUUAUUCUUUUUAUGUAUUUCACAAAUACCAAAAGUAUGUUUAAAAGAAUUAAAUAUUUUAAUUAAAUCAGAAAACUUACUUGAUAAUUAUCUUAUUAAAUUUAUUAAUCGUGAUUUAUAUUUAUGGUGGUAG